AUGGGAAAUGCUUCUCAGAAAGGCCACCUCCUGUGUGCCAAGCCUGGUGUGGGCUACAGAGAGGCCUCCUUGCACACCAGGCUGGCAAAGAAGUACCACCCUGACACAAAUAAGGAUGACCCUAAAGCUAAGGAGAAGUUCUCUCAGCUGGCAGAAGCCUAUGAGGUGCUCAGUGACGAGGUGAAACGCAAGCAGUACGACGCCUACGGCACCGCCAGCUUCGAGCCGGGCGCGGGGGGGGCAGGGGGCGCGGGGCGGCAGUACUGGAGCACCGGCCCUUCCAUCGAUCCCGAGGAGCUGUUCCGGAAAAUCUUCGGGGAAUUUUCGGGAUCCCCUUUCGGUGACUUUCAGAACGUCUUUGACCAGCCCCAGGAGUACAUCAUGGAGCUGACCUUCACCCAGGCUGCCAAAGGUGUCAACAAGGAGAUUGUGGUGAACAUCAGUGACUCCUGUGAGCGAUGCCACGGCAAGGGACACGAGCCUGGGACCAAAGCGCAGCGCUGCCACUACUGCAACGGCACCGGCAUGGAGACGAUAAACACGGGCCCGUUCGUCAUGCGCUCCACGUGCCGGCGCUGCGGGGGGCGCGGCUCCAUCAUCACCACUCCCUGCGUCAUGUGCCGAGGAACGGGGCAGACCAAGCAGAAGAAGACAGUGAUGGUUCCUGUGCCAGCUGGUGUUGAGGAUGGGCAGACAGUUCGGAUGCCUGUGGGGAAGAAAGAGAUUUUCAUUACAUUCAGGGUUCAGAAAAGUUCUGUGUUCAGAAGAAAUGGAGCAGAUAUCCACUCAGACCUCCUCAUUUCCAUAGCACAGGCUGUUCUGGGAGGCACAGCCAGAUGUCAAGGCUUGUAUGAGACAAUCAACAUCACGAUACCUCCUGGUAUCCAGCCAGAGCAGAAGAUCCGAAUGAGUGGGAAAGGCAUUCCCAAAGUUAACAGCUAUGGCUUUGGAGACCACUACAUUCACAUAAAGAUCAAAGUUCCUCAGAGGCUCACGGAUCGCCAGAGAGCCCUGAUGAUGAGCUACGCUGAGGACGAGGCCGACGUGGACGGGACAGUGAACGGGGUCACAAACACAGCAUCAGGGAAGCGUUCGACUGGAAACUAAGAGCCAGCAACUCGUCUUUGCAGUCAGGGAUGAAUCCU